GAAAGCCCUCUUUUUCUUUUUCUUUUUCUUUUGGGCUCUUCAUCCCGUUAGUUCUGCGGCCGAGGUCCGAUUGACCAUAUUGGCGACCACCGAACUCCUCGCCUUCCGUCCGGCGAAGGCUCGACGACCUACUUUGAAAGUUGAGGGAGUCGCAGCGAUCGGUUUCGGCUUCAGCUUCACCACCACGCCGGUGUCAAGAGUUAGGGUUUUGAACAUUAAAAUAUCCGCCUAACGAUUCAGCCUUCGUGUGAAGGCGAUGGCCAACCCCGGUGUCGGAACCAAAUUUGCGUCUGUGAAUCUGAACAAAUCUUAUGGUCAGCCUUCUCAUCAUCAUUCAUCUCAUUCUAGCUCUUACGCAUCUAGUCGAUCACGGCCCAGUGGUCAUGGAGGUGGAGGGGGUGUUAUGGUGGUCCUUUCAAGGCCUCGCAGUUCUCAAAAGGCUGGGCCGAAGCUUUCUGUUCCGCCCCCCUUGAAUCUGCCUUCCUUGCGAAAGGAGCACGAGAAGUUUGAUUCUUUGGGACUGGGCGGAGGGCCUGCUGGAGGAGGGGUCUCUGGAAGUGGGUCUCGUCCCACCUCAUCUGGUAUGGGGUGGACCAAGCCAGCCGCCGCCGCUUUGCAAGAAACGAAGCCGUUUGGUGAACAGACAGUUGAUGGAUUUGACAAUGCGUUGCGUCCUGUGGAUGGGUUUAGCAGGGGGAGCAGUGCAUAUAUGCCUCCUUCUGCUCGAUCAGCUGUGGUUGGAGGUAGUCCAGCUACAUCUGCUGCUGCUCUAGCCCAUCCUUCUGGAGAGAAGGUGGCUGUGCUAAGAGGUGAAGAUUUUCCUUCAUUGCGGGCCACUUUGUCUUCAGGGCCACCGCAGAAGCUCAAGGAGAAUUUGAAUCCGAAGCAUAAGCAAUCGGUAAGUGACAAUUUAUCCACUGAGCAGACGGAUGGUUCACGUUUGACCUCACAUGUUGACAUACAGUCUCAGUUUCACCCAUCCCAUGGUAGUGUUAGCAAUGGACUGAGCGAGGAUGGCAUUGAAACUCAAAGUUUCCGUAGUUCUUAUGCGAGUGAUUAUGAUAGGAAGCAAGAAGAUUAUUUCCUGGGUCCUCUGCCCAUUGUGCGAUUGAAGCCUAGAUCUGACUGGGCUGAUGAUGAGCGUGAUACCAGUCAUGGCUUGACAGACAGGAGUAGAGAGGCCAGGGAUCAUGUAUUUUCGAAGAAUGAAGCUUAUUGGGACAGAGACUUUGAUUUGCCCAGAGUUGGUGCAAUGCCGCAUAGGCCUGCUCUUAAUUUUGACAAAUGGGGACAGCGGGACAAUGAAACUGGAAAAGUUUCUUCCAGUGAAGUUCCUAAACUAAACCCUGUCAGAGCAUCUAGUAGAGAGGGGCGGGAAGGAAAUUCCUGGAGAAAUUCAACUCUUUCUAAGGAAGGGUUUGCGGUUCAAGGUGUGGGAAAUGAGAAAAAUGGUGUUGGUGUAAGGCCAUCCAGCAUGAAUAGAGAAGCCUGGAAGGAUAAUAAAUAUAUACCAUCCACCUUCCAAGAUAAUCUUUACGAUGAUUUUAGAAAGAGGGAGAUGGGAUAUGGCCAGAAAGGGAGGCAAUCUUGGAACAACACAAUGGAUUCAUAUAAUGGCCGUGGGCCUGAACGAAAUGUGAGGGAUACUUUUGCUGGUAAUGAACAAUACAACAGAUAUAGCUCAGUUUCUGUCCAGAGUUCAGUGUCAAAAUCCUCAUCUUCAGUGGGCGCUAAAGGGCUUCCUGCGGAUGAUCCACUGCUUAAUUUCAAUAGAGAAAAGCGCACACUGACAAAGAGUGAAAAGUCUUUCCUAGAAGAUCCUUUCAUGAAAGAUUUUGGAGCUUCUGGAUUUGAUGGGAGGGAUCUUUUUUCUGCAAGUCUUGUUGGGAUGGUCAAGAAGAAGAAAGAGGUACCUAAGCAAAUGGAUUUUCAUGAUCCUGCUAGGGAAUCAUUUGAGGCUGAAAUUGAGAAAGUUCAGAGGAUGCAAGAACAGGAGCGGCAACGUAAUAUUGAAGAACAUGAAAGGGCAUUGGAGUUAGCUCGAAGAGAAGAAGAAGAAAGAUUACGGCAGAUCAGAGAACAGGAAGAGAGGCAAAGGAGGUUGGAGGAAGAAGCUAGAGAGGCAGCAUGGAGAGCAGAACAAGAACAAAUUGAAGCUUUGCGGAAAGCUGAAGAGCAGAAAGUUGCUAGGGAAGAGGAGAAACGGAGGAUUCUCUUAGAGGAAGAAAGAAGGAAACAAGCUGCUAAGCAAAAACUUUUAGAAUUGGAGGAAAGGAUUGCUAGAAGGAAGGCUGAAGCAGCCAGAGUUGAUAAUGAUUCUUUGGCUGUUGCAGAUGAGAAAAUGGCUGGGAUAGGAGAGGAAAAAGAUGCAUCCAGGCAUACAGAUGUUGGCAAUUGGGAUGAUGGUGAAAGAGUGGUCGAAGGAAUCUUAACCUCAGGAUCUUCUAUUUCAUCAAGCCUGAAUAAGUCACUGGAGACUAGUUCAAGGCCUCAGUUUCCUAGAGAUAGUUCUUCCUCCUUUGUGGAUAGAGGGAAACCAGGGAAUUCAUGGAGAAGAGAUGUAUAUGAGAAUGAAAGAAACUCAAUAUUCUAUUUGCAUGGCCAAGGUAAUGGUCCAAACAGUCCAAGUAGAGAUUCACCAAUUGGUGGAAAGCCAUUAAUGAGAAAAGAAUUUGACGGAGGUGCUGGAUUCAUGACCUCAAGGGCCUCUAAUAAGGGAGGGUUUGUGGGUGCUCAUUUGGAUGAAUAUGCUAAUGCAAAAGGGCAAAGGUGGAAUGAACCUGGCAAUGGAGAUCAUUUAAGCAGAAAUACAGAGAUUGAUUCUGAUUUUCCUGAUAAUUUGGAGAGAUUUAGUGAUGGCUGGACACCAGGCCGUUCUCAUGGUAAUAUGUUUUCUGCUUAUCCUGAGCAUCAUUACCCAAAUUCGGAAUCAGAUGGAAGUUAUGCUGUUGGGAGGUCACGGUAUUCUGUGAGGCAGCCUCGGGUUCUUCCACCUCCAUCACUAACUUCUGUGCCCAAAACCUACAGGGAUGUAAAUGCACAUCCUAAUCCUGCUGCAGUCCAAGCAAAUGACAUACCAACUGGUUAUGAUGAUGCAUAUCAGCGGAAUUCUGGACAACCAGAAGUAGUAGGUGCAUUGUCGGAUAGUAAGGAGAAUGAGGAUCAUAUAGUUGAGAGCCCCACUGUGCCAAGGUGUGAUUCUCAAUCUUCACUCUCUGUUUCAAGUCCACCUAGUUCUCCAACCCAUCUUUCUCAUGAUGAUUUAGAAGAUUCCGGAGCUUCUCCUGCAAUACUGGCUUCUGUAGAAGGCAAAAAUGGCCCUCUAUCUGGUCAGCAAAAUGAAGCAGCUGUAAAUUCUGCAAGAGCUGGGAAUGAGAAUGUGGUCAGUUCCACAUGUGCUUUCUCAUCAGGUGAUGAUGAAGAAUGGACUACUGAGAAUCAUGAACAGUUCCAGGAACAAGAAGAAUAUGAUGAAGAUGAAAAUUAUCAGGAAGAAGAUGAAGUGCAUGAGGGAGAGGAUAAUGUUGCCCUUAACCAGGAGUUUGAAAACAUGAAUUUAGAGGAGAAAGGUUUGCCCCAUAUGAUGGAUAACCUAGUAUUAGGAUUUGAUGAAGGUGUUCAGGUUGGGAUGCCAAACGAUGAAUUUGAGAGAACUUUAAAAGGUGAAGAAACAUCUUUCGUGGCACAAGCAUCUAGUGGCGCUCUGGAAGAACAUGUAUGUUUUGGCAAUGCUUGCAGUGAUGGCAGGUCCCUUCAACCUGUCAACUCUAAAGCAAAUCUUAAUGAUCCUAGUGCAUUCCAGGAUUCCGAUAAGACAAUGCAAGAUUUAGGCAUUGAGUCUAGUAAAGCUCAGACAUCAAUAGUAUCUGAGGGUUUAGACAAUGCAAGAGCUUCUAACAAUGACCUAUCUGCUCAUCACAGUAAAUUGACUUCAGUUACUAGUGCUCCAUACUUGCCUUCGGAUUUAUCUAAUAUGUCUAAUGCAGCUAGUGCCCCCAGUCAAGUUGAACUGCCUGUCAAACUUCAAUUUGGUCUUUUUACUGGUCCAUCUUUGAUACCGUCCCCUGUUCCAGCUAUUCAGAUUGGUUCUAUACAGAUGCCACUGCAUCUGCAUCCACAUGUUGGUGCACCCCACUCUCACAUGCACCCAUCACAGCCUCCUUUGUUUCAAUUUGGCCAGCUAAGGUACACAUCUCCCAUAUCUCAAGGGAUGAUGCCUGUUGGUCCUCAAUCAAUGUCUUUUAUUCAGCCUAGUAUUCCGUCAGAAUUCUCUUUUAAUCAUCACCCUGGAGGUCCAAUGCCACAUCAGACUGGUCCGGAUGUUAUUGAUGGAUUUGUUAAAAGUGAGAUCAGGUCUCCUGCUGUUGAUAAUCAAUCAAGUAAUUUAAGUCGGGUGAACCUAUCUCAAGGAUCAUUGCCAAGUGCUGAAAAUAUGGCUGGAAUAAAUGAGAGCCAAACAAGGAUUCCUCAUGAUAGUGAAAGUAGUACUAGGACAUCUACAGGUUUUCAAAUGGAUGAACGAGGGCAACAACCUUUAGUUGUGAAGAGUAGUGGUACCUUAUCCAAUGCUAGAGAUUCUGAAGGUCAACCUCAUGGUAGAGAUGUGUCACUACACUUGGCAUCAACGGAGAAAGAUUUUGAAGAGUCAAAGGCACAUUAUCCAGCAUCUGUACGCAGAGGGAAGAGAUAUGCUUUUGUGGUAAAAGGUUCUGGCUCAAAAUCAUCAGGUCCUGCUCCAAGGUUAAAUCACCCAGAAAACAGUGGAUUUCAGAGGAGGCCUCGUCGAAAUAUUCAGCGCACUGAGUUCCGAGUUCGUGUUAGUGGUGAGAAGGGGCUGUCCUCUGGCUUGGUUUCAUCUGAUCAGUUUUGUUCAGAUAGCAAGUCAAAUAUCAAUGGGACAGGUACAGGCACAUCUGUGAAAAGUGGACCGAGGAAGGUUUUCUCCUAUAGAGCAGGAAAACAGGCUGUGGAAUCAAUAUGCAUGAGCUCAGCUACGGAUUUGUCACAAGAUGUAGAUUCUGGAGGUAGAGUUAUCAAAGUUGAUGGAAAAGAAUCAGCCAAGAUUUCUGGACAGAGUCAUCUUAAACGGAACGUGUGUUCUGGAGAAGAAGUUGAUGCUCCUUUGCAUAGUGGAAUUAUACGUGUGUUUGAGCAACCUGGAAUUGAAGCUCCUAGUGAUGAAGAUGAUUUUAUUGAAGUCAGAUCAAAGAGGCAAAUGCUAAAUGAUAGGAGAGAACAGAGAGAGAAAGAAAUCAAGGCCAAGUCACGAGUUGCAAAGGUUCAAAAAAUGCCACGGAAACCUCGUUCUGCUUCACAUGGUGCUGAGGCUAAGGACAAUUAUAGCAGGGGAACUCUGCCUAUAAUAGAAGCAGAAAACAGUAGUCACUCUGAUUUUGUUUCUGAGGGGAAUGGAAUGCCAAAAAUUGAAAUUUCAUCUGGCUCCAUGUCCCAACCAUUAGCUCCUAUAGGCACACCCCCUUUGAAAAUUGAUGCUCAACCUGAUUUAAGAUCAGAGACAAGCAGGUCACUCCAGAUGAGUCUGCCAGCUGUCUCUGGUGGAGGGAAGAACCUUGGGGCUGCAGUGAUGUUUGAGAGCAAAAAUAAGGUUCUUAAUAAUGUUCAGACAUCUUUGGGCAAUGCACAAACAAGUCAACAGGUCAUGGCCCUUACACAGAGGCAACUGGAUGAGGCUAUGAAGCCUCAACAGUUUGAUUCCCAGGCUUCUGGUGGAGAUCUGACGGUGAACUUUAAUAAGCCCAGCUUGUCAACAUCAUCCAUCUUGACAAGAGAAAAGCCAUUUUCUUCUGUUGCGAGCCCAGUCAAUUCCUUGCUUGCUGGAGAGAAAAUUCAGUUCGGAGCGGUAACAUCUCCGACAGUACUUCCACCUAGUAGCCGUGCACUGUCUCAUGGAAUUGGCCAUUGUUCAUCAAUUUCAAACAUGCAAAUAUCACAUAACCCUGCUGGAUCUGAUCAUGAUUGCAGUCUUUUCUAUAAUAAAGAGAAACACGGUGAUGGAUCUCAUGACAAUUUAGAAGAUUGUGAAGCUGAAGCUGAAGCUGAGGCAGCUGCUUCAGCUGUUGCUGUUGCUGCGAUCAGCAGUGAUGAGAUUGCUGUAAAUGGUUUGGGCACUUCAAUCUCAGUUUCAGAAGCUAGAAGCUUUGGAGCUGUAGAUAUUGAUGGUAUAGCAGCUGUUUCUUUUGCAGGAGUUGCUAGUAAUCAGCAGUCAGCUGGUAAAGCAAGAUCUGAAGAACCUCUGAGUGUAUCUCUUCCUGCAGAUCUAUCUGUUGAGACUCCACCAAUUUCAUUAUGGCCGCCCUUACCAGCUCUACAAAAUUCCAGUCAAAUGCUUUCACAUUUUCCUGGAGGCCCUCCUCCACAUUUUCCCUUCUACGAAAUGAAUCCUAUGAUGGGUGGUCCUGUUUUUGCCUUUGGACCACAUGAUGAGUCUGCGUCUAAUACACAUCCAGAGUCCCAAAAGAGUAGCAUGCAAGCAUCAGGGCCAAUUAGCAGCUGGCAACAAUGCCAUUCUGGUGUUGAUUCUUUUUACGGACCUGCAGCUGGAUUUACUGGCCCUUUUAUUACUCCUCCCAGAGGGAUCCCAGGUGUCCAGGGACCACCGCCACACAUGGUUGUUUACAACCAUUUUGCACCUGUUGGACAAUUUGGACAGGUCGGUUUGAGUUUCAUGGGUGCCACCUAUAUCCCAUCAGGUAAGCAGUCUGAUUGGAAGCACAAUUCCACAUCAUCUGCAGCAGGUGCUGGUGAAGGAGAUAUGAGCAGUAUGAAUAUGGCACCAUCACAGAGAAAUCCUGUUAACAUAACUGCUCCAGUACAGCAUCUUGCUCCUGGUUCCCCACUUGUGCCAAUGGCUUCUCCUCUGGCCAUGUUUGAUAUUUCUCCUUUCCAGUCUUCUCCUGAAAUGUCGGUUCAAGCUCGUUGGCCGUAUGCCCCUAAUUUGCCACUUUCAUCUAUUCCUCUGUCAAUGCCACUGCAGGAAGGAGCGCAUACUUCUCAGUAUAGUCACGGUCCCUCUGUUGACCAGCCAAUGAAUGUGGAUAGGUUUCCCAUUUCUCAAACUUCUGCUCCUUCUGAUGGUGAUAGGAGUUUUCCUACAGGAGCUGCUGUAAAUUUUAACCGAUUGCCACAUCAACUUGGACUAGUGGACCCUUCAAACUCCCCAGUUGCUAAGCAAUCAGCGCUGGGCAGUGUCAUCAAGACUCCAUCUGUGAGCAUUAUUGCAGAUGCUGGCAAGGUUGAUGUUCAGAGUAGCAAUGCCAGCAAUAGCAAUAGUCACAGUGCAAGUGCUGCUUUCAAGAGUCUGCCCUUGGAGAAAAAUAAUACAUCUGAGCAGUAUGAUCAUUCUUCAGGGUAUACUAAUUAUCAGAGAUCUGUGACUCAGAAAAAUAGUUCUGGGGGAGAAUGGUCUAGCCGAAGAAUGGGGUUGCAAGGAAGAAACCAUACUUUGGGUGCAGAUAAAAGUUUCUCAACAUCAAAGGUGAAGCAAAUCUAUGUGGCUAAACAGACCACUGCUGGGGCAUCAGUGUCAUGAGAGGGCAAGAAAAAGCUGCUAGAUUUGAAAAUAGUCCGAAUGCUUUACCAGUAUUUUGAUGUGGCAGAAAAAUAAAAAUUUUGUUGAGCUUCUAGUUUGUUAGUAGUUCUGGCUGAGCAUUAGAUAUAGGUAUUUUUGUUGUCUCCAUCGGAUUGUAUUGAGCUUGUUGGGCUGAUCCUCCUGAUGAAGGCCACUGUGAAGUGAUUGAUGUUAGUUUUACGUUUUUCCCCCAUUUAAAACCGAUUAUUAAUUAUAAGUUUCAAUAUGGUGUUAUUUAGUUUUCAAAAUCUAGACCACCAGAUCAUUUCUUGUCAUCAUCCUCAUAGUUUCCGAAGAUUUGAUUGAACAUCAAGGAUUAUGAGGCAGUGCCUUCAUGAAACUGCAUCGGGUACUGAGAUAGGUGAAUAGCCUGGCUCGCUAUCACUGAAUGAAGGAAGCAAUUUUGAUUAACUCUACUACAGAUUGAGCCGAUUUUCCAUGGGCAGUGAGCCAACAAUGUUUCUGAGAGCCUUACAAAGAACCAAUUCUUUAUGGGAUCUGUUUGUUUUUGGGUCUGGAGGAUUGAAUUAUUCCGAGCGGACAGAGAAUCUUGUUAUGUUUGUCUUGGCAAUUAAUUGUUUGAAUUUAGACCAUUUUAUCAUUGGAUUUCAUUUAGGAUUUUGAGUUGGCAGUUGUGAAUUGGAUCAUUAGCCUGAGAAGGACUUCAUUCCUAUUUUGAUCUA